AUGUUCGAAUUCACCGAAAGAUCUGGUCAUCUGCUCUUCCAGAUCGUCAACAAGCCCACGCCUCUUACCAACAUCGACGUCGUUCAGGGCGAGAUGGUGCUGCGCAAUGGCAUCUGGACAACGGACAAGACGCAGCACUUCGUACUGCAGGGGCUGUACUUCUGGAACCCUGGCGAUCUCUUCCUCAUCGCCAAUCCCGUACACUCCAAGCAUGGUGCAUCGCCCAUCAUUCAAGACUUCAUGCUCACGCUGAAGAACGAUAGCACCGUGCACGACGCUAUCGCCCAAGCUGGCAGCAUUCCCAAGCUUCUUGCCGCGACCAAUUCCAGCGCGGCGGCUGCCGGGAUGAAUCAGUGCUACUUCCAAAUACUGUUCAAAGCCAAGCCGUCACCGUUCCAGCUCGACAAGGCCACGAGGAACGGAGAUGACGACGAUGCGGCGAAGCCGAUCAUGGACGUGAAGGGCAUCAUGCACAGUCCCAACUGCGAUUCCGUGCUCGUGGCUGAGGUGUCCUCCAUCCAAUUCGACACCUACUACCGGAAGGCCACCAACUACGUCAUCAUGGGAGUUGCAAAGGUGUCGCUACUGACCAUCGGCGCUCAAGCGGUGAUGGACUCCUACCUCUGCCUCAUCCAUCUCACCGCUGGCAUCGUAAUCGAAUCUGUAUUUAAUCCCUACGCCACGGCCGCGUUCUUCAAAUUCGUUCUCUUCUCCAUCUUCGAGAUGCGCUAUCUCCUUCUCAUCUUCAAGGCCCGCAACCCCGAGACGUUCGCCGCUGGAUGGCGGGCAGUGAGGCGGAAGCUCGGCCAACUCUAUAUUCGCUUCUACACUGUCAUCUUCACCGGCUUCGUGGUGGUGUAUUACUUCCACGGCAUGUUUUACUUGGGUCUCUUCAUGCUCUACUCCAUUUGGAUCCCCCAGAUCUUCUGCAACGCCACCCAGUUCCAUCGCAAUGCACUGCUCAAGAAGUAUGUGGUCGGAAUGACCCUCACGCGGUUGUGUAUCCCCAUGUACUUCUACGGCUGUCCGUACAACUUCCUUCACGUGCAGCCCAACUACAACCUUCUUUCCUGGCUGGCCGCGUAUCUGCUGCUGCAGGUGUUCGUCUUGUUCACCCAAGACCUUCUUGGUCCUCGCUGGUUCCUCCCUCGACGGUUCCUGCCCGACAAGUACGACUACCAACGGCCUGUACAUGUUGACGCCGAGCAAGGCGAGUCGAAGGAGUGCGUCAUCUGCAUGAGCGUGGUGCUGCCCAACCAGCGAGACUACAUGGUGACGCCAUGCAACCACCUCUUCCACCAGAACUGCCUUGAGCAGUGGAUGGAGUUCAAGAUGGAGUGCCCCACCUGCCGUAGGCCACUGCCCUACCCAUAG